UGCUUAGGUCUGCCUGUGCUCUCAUGCAUGGACGAAUUUGACCGUCAUGGAGAGUGGCUUUUGCGCUGAGGAUGUAACUGGGCUGUAGGAAUCUAUCAUUGAUAUCUAACACUUCGCCACCAACUCCGAACAUGCCACACGCCUCACCGCCAUAGACACUCUAACAACCCUCGCGCGCAAAAACCACCACCUUCAAAUUGCACAUGUAUUUACGCGUCCUCCUUCAUGCAGGUGCAUGGACACAAGUCGGGACUGCUCUUGAUACCGCAGAGGCUGUACUUGGCCUAACGUUCGACAAGCUCAUUGCGCACGUUCCAUGGUAUCAUUCAGCUACAGUCCACAUAACCCACCCACUAAUACUUCUCCCGCUCACAUUCCUCGUCACCGCCACCGCGAAACGAGUCUCAGUAGGCAGGAAUUCCGAAGCGGGGAUUGAGUUGACUUCAUCGAGAUAAACAUGGCGCCUUGUAAAUUUGCGAGCGUAAUGUUUCGUCGACUGUAAAAUCCAUUGCCCCAAUUAAAAGAUCGUUCACCGACACUACUGCUCGAACACCUUAUUACGACCAGCACAAGAUCAGCCUGAAGUAAAAACCCCGUCACUCUCUGACUGGUUAGCAUUUCAGCAACCUCGCCUACACCAGCACUGUUAGCAACCCGCACCCUAAGUCCAUAAACAAGGAGACUUCGUGGAGAUAUGCGGGAACGAUGAUAUCUGAGCGGUCCGUCUGGAGCGUGAGGACUUUUAAUGGCUUCUAUGGCACUGGUGCAAACACGUCUGAUGAACGUAACGGGUAAUCCAGCACAGAGGAAUU